UUUAGAUCAAAGGCGGUAUAUUGCACAGAAAUAAACUUGACCAGCAUAGUUUUAGUUGUAGUAUUAUCAUGGCGGUGGAGGUCAAAGUAAAUGAAAUGGCAACUGAAGAAUUCAGAGUAAUGGAUGAAAAACCAGUGGAUUCUCACACCGACUCUUAUUCCAUAGAUGAUAUUUCUUGUGGAAUUCAACUCACGUCAAGUGGGAAAAGGUGCAGGAUUUCUUUUCUCCAGAAAUUUGCGACCCCAAGAUGGGCGUUGGCAUUCAUGGCAGUCGCAUAUAUCUUCUCUGAUGGAGUCGUUAAUGGAGUCUUUCAUGUCACAUUAACCACGGUGGAAAAAAGAUUUCAGCUUAGAACAACUGAAUCUGGCAUCAUAGGUGUGAUGAUCGACGUGGGCGCAUGUGUUGGUCUUAUUGCUGCUGGAUUUUUCGGUGAAAACCUCCACAAAGCACAAUGGAUGGGAAGAGGGGUUUUUGUCUCUGGAAUUGGCUGUUUUAUUUUUCUGUUGCCACAUUUCAUUAUACCAGAGUAUACAGUUGGAGAGGAAGUUAAAAAUUAUUGCGGCAACGUAACUGAAGUGGAAUGUAGUACCUCACCAAUUAGGAAUUACAGAUAUAUUUUCAUGUUAGGAAUGUUUUUCUGUGGAAUUGGAUCCGAGAACGUUGGGGUGUUGGGAACAACAUUUUUAGAUGAAAAUGUAAAACAAGUUUAUUCUGCACUAUACAAUGGUAUUUAUGCUGCCCUCGGAGCUUUCGGUCCUGCAUUUGGUUAUCUUCUUGGAGGACUCACGUUAGAAUUAUUCACAAUUCCAAAUAAGAGCAUUCCCAUCGACACGUCAAGUUCUCUUUGGGUUGGGGCAUGGUGGAUCGGAUACAUUGCAGCAGGCAUAGGAUUAUUGAUUUUCUCUCUUCCUGUAAUGUUGCUCCCAAAGUAUUUGCCGAACACGGAUGAUGUUAGGAAAAACAGAGAACAACGCCAGGAUAAAAGCACAAAAAAGAAAGUUAAUAUACGAUUGGGAAGAAGAUUGUUAGCUUUAGCAACAAACAAAAUGUUCAUUUGCAUAACAAUAGCGACCAUGGUACACCAAGCACUUAUAUUUGGAUUUAUGACAUAUUCGAUUAAACUUGGCGUAGAACUUCUUGGAUUACCGGAAACAACAUCUGCUUACUAUCUUGGUGCUUUGGCAAUAGCAACUACUGUCAUAGGUUAUGUUAUUGGUGGACUAGUAGUGACCAAGUUUCAACUCAAAUUACGUGGGAUACUUCAAUUCAUAUUGGCAUGCAGUAUCGUAUCAUUUGCUUUCGUUUUUGGAUUGUACAUGCAAUGUACAGAAAAAGAAUUUGUUGGAGCCACUGUUAUACCUCAUAAGCAGAAUUCUAGUACUGUGGAAAUGUCGAUAUUAACAUCAUGCAAUUCUGGUUGUCAAUGUAACACUGAUCGAUUCAACCCCGUCUGUGACGAUAACGGAGUAACAUACUUUUCACCUUGUCAUGCAGGGUGUAUGGCACAAACGAAUGAAACGCACUUUGUCAACUGUCGGUGUCUAAAUGACUUCAACCUAGCUGAUGUUUCUGCAGAUAAAUGUCCUCAUAAUUCAUGCACAAACUUAAACGCAAUAUUAAUCAUUGUGGGUGUAAGUUUUCUUGCUGGAUAUCUCACUGUAAUACCAGGAGAACAAGCUACAAUACGUUCUGUUAGAUUUGACGAGAGAACAUUGGCGUUCAGUAUUCAGAAAGUUACACAUAUUAUCUUCGGAAGACUACUUGGUCGUUUGCUGUUUGCCCAAGCUCUCGAUAGUGCAUGUUUAGUAUCGAGUACAGAAUGCGGUGAAACGGGAACUUGCAGAGCAUAUUUGAGAAGUCACAUGUCACGGAACGUAACAAUGCUCAUGGCAGCAGAGAAAUUUGUCGGUGUCGUUUUCAUAGCAAUCACUGUGAUCUUAGUGAGAAUGAGGAAGGAGCAAAGUUCGAAGCUAGAGGAUUCGGUGGCGAACGAGCAAAAUUCUGAGCUACCUCGAGCUGGUGAUUUUCAGUAAAGAACAUUGACAGACUGUUAUUAGAUAUAUUAAGCAUUCAACCUUUUUUUGCACUUUAACAUUUCCAGAAGCUUUUUUGGCCCUCAUUAAUUUUUUUGUCAUGGGCCUGCUCAUCACACCAUAUAUAUGUCAAGCAAUGUAUUUCUUUAAUUGAUUACAUACUGAAUUGAUUCAUAUUUAGUUGUUGUUUUGAAAAUAAAUCGUUCCAACACAUAAUCGCGGUAAUUAUUUCAGAGUAAUAAUCAUGCUUUGCUUAACGUUUCACGGUGAUUGCUGAAUGUCUUUGCUAUGCAAGUUUGAUCACGGGGUACUGAUACUGUAGUUUUGAGCAACCACUAAGAGCUUAAUCUCGUACAAGAGAUCUAACCAGAUAUCGACUGACUCAAAACUCGAACAAAUUCAAGCCAAUACUGACAAGGGAGAGGACGAAUCUUCAGCAAACUUACUGUAUACCGUGAAUGAACGACAACUACACAUUCCACAUGUAGUCUUUCAUUCUUCGAGCUUGAGAAAAUGCUGCUUAUUAAGAUAAAUAUACAGAUGAGUAUUAAGAGAAUGUGGCAUUAUUAUUUGGGAACAUCUCCUUCCUUCUCACUAUAUCAAAGUGUUUUAUGAUUACAUUGUCACUACUACUCUUGCUUCGUUUGGUUUUACAUAUCUGUAUCCUACUAAUCAUGCUUAUAGUAUACCACACAGGUACGAUAAUUGUCUACGAGCAUAAUAAUAAAUUAACAUUGAUUUAAGCUCAGUGCGUUUCUUUCAAUCUUGAUAAGUUAUUUGUAUAAUUUUGCUUUUGUAACUGCUUUUUUAAAGUUCACACUAUGCGAUGAGAACAGUACUGCAUAAAAAUAAUAUUACAGUAUUGGGAGAGUCGCUGAUUCAAAGAAUGAUGCAUGUACUGUAUUAAAUCACUGUUCUGACAUUUAAACUAUUUACAAUCAAUUAGCUAUAAUCAUUGCCAUUUGUUUUCAGCAUUUCAGCACUUAAUGGCUAUUGUACUGCAGACAUAUAGACCGUAGCGUCAUUUCGGUUAUCCUGAAUUGUGUUUUUAUUUUAUUUUUUUUUUCAUGCUUUAUUAUGUUUGUUUAUAAAUAGAAAAUGAUUUUAUACUUGUUUCAUUCACUAUGAGGUAGUUGUUAUUUUUAGAAACCACCAUUUUUAGUAAGUCAAUAUGAUCCCAUUACAUAACAGUUUAUAAAUAUAAUGAAGGAGAAAGCAUAUAUUGCCAUUGCAAUCACCAGUUAAAUUGAACACGGGCGUAGCAAUAUAUAUACAUGAAAUUUGUAUAUCAUCUCAGAAAACCAAUACCAAGUGUGAAGUAUCGACACCGCGUAUAAAAAGGAUUGACGAACUGGGAACACGACAAAAAAAGCGCCCCAUACUUUUUUUUUUUUUUGCCAAUUGAUCGAAUUAAUAGUUGAUUAGUUCCCAUCCAAAUUUGAUUUGAUCCCAUUCCCAGAAAUAAACAUUUGCAUAGAAAAAUCAUGAAGGCAAAAAAAUUAUACAUCCACAAUGAUAAAAAAAUAAAUAAAUACAAACACAAACAUAUUAUCCAAUACCCAUUUUUACAUCGUUAGUCCAAUUUUGAUAUUCCAGUUCGAUUUCGAUAUUCCAAGUUAUGUUGUCCAUCGCAAGUCAUUUUCCAUGUUGUGAUUUGUAGAAUACCAUUUGAAGAUUAGAUUUAUUUUAGUUUAUGGAUUAG